GAAGAAAACCCAGCUAGGCUUUCAAUUUUUUUGGUUUUUUUUAAAGGGGGUGGUGGUGUUUUCCCCCCCCCCUUCUGCCAGUCUGGGAUCCUCCCAGCCUCAGCCUAACGCAGGGGGGGUGGCGGGAGGGGGGGUGGCAAGAAGAGGAAAGGAAGGAGAGGAGGAAGCUAUCCGGCACACACACACACACACAAAAAAAAACAAGAUUUAUGCCCAGGAGGAUUGGAGCAGGAAAAUCCAGGCUCAGAGCUGGCUGUUAAAAUCCCUGCAUUUCCCACAAAUACAAACCCCUCUCUCAGCUUUGGGCCAUGAAGCUGGGGAAAAGUAGAUUUCUUAGACGUCCGUUUGGAGAAAGGAAGGCCCAAAGCUGACCAAGACAAAAGCAGGAAUCACCUCCAACACUCUUGGUGAGCUUCAAGGACAAAAACAACCUUUGAAACCUAGAAUUUCCGUUCUACUCAUCCGUUAAAAAUUAAUGCCCUGAAAAAAGUCACUGGGAUUUUGGUGUGUGUGUGUGUGUGCACGUUUGGCUUUCUAUAUAUUUUUUAUUUUUUUUGAAAAAGAAAAGCUUUAAGAUAUCACCUGUAGAGAAAACUCAUCGCCUUUUUAAUCCUUUUUUUAAAAAAGAAAAUUCACGAGCAUAAAUUUCUUUUAUUGUAAGGGUGGCUUUGAUAUUAUUUUUUUUCUCUCAAAAAGAAAUGCAUUUUGUAUUCCUUUUUCUGGGAUAAGGAAGACAUUUUCCUUUUUUUUUAAAAAAGGUUUUUUUUGUCUGUUGAUCCUUAUCCAAGGUCACGAGAGACACACAAACGCACCUGGGUUUUAAAUAAUUAAGUGUAAAAUUGGGGAGAAAAAUGGCAGUAUUGAAUGUUCAGUGACCCUCCCCAGGAACCCGCAAGUGGAAAAAAAAUAAAAGAAAAACCAAAUAAAUUAAGGGACUUUUUGAGCAGUUUGCAACAAAUGUUCAUCAGUGCCUAACCAAAGGAGAAAAAAAAAUAGAUUCAGCCAAUAAAACCUCGUGCCAUGCGCAAUUUUUAUAAAAUGGGCGUCUGCUUAUAGCCAAGAUUGGAAAGGAAUUAUUAUUAAGGGCGAACACAGAACCCAGUUAAAAGUUUUCGGUGACGUUUCCGCAUUUUUGGCUGUUGGGAAAGGAAAACGCAAACUAUCGUUCCUGCUAUUGUUAAAGAGAACUUGCUUUUAACGUCGGCGAAGAAGACCUCAAAUUUAUUUGAGGAAAAUUGAGAAUUAAGAAGCCAAAGGACGAGGAUUCUUGAUGGAGACCGACGUGCCAACUGCAGAAGAAGCUCGGAGGGAGACGGAGCCCGCCGAAUCUGGGCCCCCGGAGCCCACAGAGGCCGGUGUGGGUGGCGAGGAGGUGGUUGCUUCUGCUGUCCUUGCGGGGGCUGCGGAGGAGACCCCAGCCCACCUCGCUAAGGAUGGCGACCCCCAGGAAGAUGAUGGGCGGCUUCCCACUGUAGAAGCCACCGACGGCGUGCAAAAGGAGGGACCCCCAUUGGAAACCGAGGAAGGCCCCCCUGUGCCAGCCUCUCCGGAGCCCUCCAGCUGCGACCCAGCGGAGGAUGCCCCCAAGCCGCGCCCGUCUCCAGCCAGCCAGCCCAAGGCGCCGGACUUCUACUGCGUGAAAUGGAUCACCUGGAAAGGCAAAAGGACGCCCGUCAUUAUGCAGAGCGAGAACGGUCCCUGCCCGCUUCUGGCCAUCAUGAAUAUUCUUUUCCUGCAGUGGAAGGUGAAGCUGCCAGCCCAAAAGGAAGUGGUCACCUCGGACGAAUUGAUGGCUUACCUCGGGGAUUGUAUCCUGUCCAUCAAGCCCCAGGACCAAGCGGAGGCCGUCCAGCUCAACUUCCAGCAGAACGUCAAUGACGCCAUGACGGUCCUUUCCAAGCUCUCCACGGGGCUGGACGUCAACGUGAGAUUCACGGGAGUCUCGGAUUUCGAAUACACCCCCGAGUGCAUCGUUUUUGACCUCCUCAACGUCCCCCUAUAUCACGGCUGGCUGGUGGAUCCCCAGAUUCUUGAGGUGGCCGGAGCCGUCAGCAAGCUGAGUUACAACCAGCUGGUGGAAAAAAUCAUCACUUGUAAACAGUCUAGCGACCCAAACUUGGUGACGGAAGGCCUGAUUGCCGAACAGUUUUUGGAGUCCACGGCAUCGCAGCUGACCUACCACGGGCUGUGCGAGCUCACGUCCACAGUGAAAGAAGGGGAACUCAGCGUUUUCUUCCGAAACAAUCACUUCAGUGCCAUGAUCAAGCACAAGAGCCACCUCUACCUGCUGGUGACUGACCAAGGCUUCCUCAAUGAGGACCAGGUCACCUGGGAAAGCCUGCACAACGUGGACGGAGACAGCUGCUUCUGUGAUGCCGAAUUCCACCUGAGCCACGCGCUGGGCAAGGAGGCGGCGGGGGGCUCCCCGGUCGACCAGAGGCAGGUGGAUCAGGACUACAUGAUUGCCUUGUCCCUCCAACGCCAACAAGGGGGGCCCCCUGCCAUGAGUGACCUGGAAUUGGCACAGCAGCUGCAGCAAGAGGAAUACCAGCAGCCCCCUCCGCCGAGCCCCCUCCCCUCCCCGGCACAGGGGAGAAGCCCCCCCGCCCCCCGCCCCACCGGAGAGCGCCGACAGCGGCAGAAGCUGGACACGGACUGCACCGUCCUUUGAGGCCAGCCCACAAGCCCCCCCCCCCUUUCCUUCCAGGGCCUGCAACUGAGAAGGACACCCCCUCCCACUCAAUUUGCUACAUGGGACACUUGAAUCGGGCUUUCCUGCAACACCCAAAAUGCUUCGGAAGUGGGGUGGGGGGGUGCAGGGACAGUAGGAGGGGCCUCUGCUUCUCCCACCCAGGAUCAAAGUGGGGAGGGGGCCAGAGGAGCAAAGAGGAGGCUUAUCCUGGCUCCGGUUCAAUUGAGGGGGUGGGGGUGUCUCCCGUGUGAUUCUUGUGGGGGUCCGAGAGCCUUUGGGAUGACGGGGGUGUGUGUGUCCCACCUCACCGGCACCCCUGAAAAGCCGAGCCCUCGACGGCCACAGAUGAGGGACAGCUCUCAAAGUUACGACCGGAGCAAUUCAACAGUUUUCUUGCCCGAUGGGAACCUGGAUUUCUCUGCCAAAAGCACCUUUUUUUGAGGGUGGGGGGGGCGUUUAAACUCCGUUCACCCCCCCUUCUCAAAGGCAGCCGAAGCGAGGCAGCCGAAACGAGGUCAAGCUUUCUUUCUUUCUCUCCUUUUUUCCCCUCUUUCUCUUUCUCUCUCUUUCUCCUGGUUUUCGAGGGCUAUAUAUUGUACGGCUGGACUAAAUUCUCAAAUCACUUCCGCCUCCGUUUCCGAGUCGAUUAAUCGAUUAAUCCUGCCUCUGUUUACAUUGGAAUAAAGCAGUCCUUCUUGAAA